AUGGGUCAAUUAUUAUCCCAUCCAUUAACUGAGAAAACUAUUGAAUAUAAUGAUUAUAAAGAUCACGUAGGUACAACCUAUUUAUCACAUAAAUGUCCACGGUUUUUCAAUUGCGUGGGUUCAAUGCAAGGUUAUAGGCUGACUCAAGAAGAUGCACAUAUGAUAAUAAACGAGGAUGAAACUUUAUCUUUACAAUUUUAUAAUCCAUUUAAGAAAAGAUUGGAACCGUAUUUAAUAAGUCUGUUUGCAGUUUUUGACGGUCAUGGUGGUGAUAAUUGUUCGAAAUUCUUAGCUGGUGGGAACGGAAAUGGUUAUAAUCCUAAAAAGGGGUUGAGUAAAUGGAUUGCAUAUUCUUUUGAAAACCACUCAUAUGGAGACAUGAAGGAUAAUGAUGUUAACAUUGGUGACAAAUUAUAUAGAAAUAUUAAAUUAACAAGAAAAUUCCAUAGUUUACAAGGUUUAAUAUCACAAAUCAUUAAAGAUGCAUUUUUUCUUCAGGAUAAGGAACUAUAUAAAUAUUUCUCCACUACUCCGUGUGGAUCUACAUGUAUACUAUCCUUAAUAAUUAAUGGGGAAUGGCUUUAUGUGGCUAAUUGUGGGGAUUCUCGUUGUAUAGUAUCAUCUAAGAAUCGUGGUGUGAAAACAAUGUCCUUUGACCAUAAACCACAACAUAUUGGCGAACUGUUAAGAAUUAAUGAUAAUGGUGGAACUGUAUCUCUAGGACGUGUAGGUGGUGUUCUUGCACUGAGUAGAGCAUUUAGUGAUUUCCAAUUUAAAAGAAGUGUUUCGUAUAAUCAUAAUAAUCAUAACAAUAGUAAUAGCAAGAAAUUUUCCAUUCCGCCACAAGAAGCACAAGUUACAGUAGAACCAGAUGUAAUUAUGCAUAAGAUAGACUAUAAAAGAGAUGAAUUCUUAGUCCUUGCAUGUGAUGGGAUAUGGGAUGUUUAUAAUAAUAAAGAUUUAGUGCAAUUUAUUAAAUAUCAUUUGAGUUUAGGAUUAAAACUAGAUGAAAUUAUGCCUAAAUUAUUAGAUCAUGGAAUAUCGCAAGCUAACAGUAGUACUGGAAUUGGCUUUGAUAAUAUGACUGCAAUAAUCGUCAUAUUAAAUAAGCAGGGAGAAACUUUAACAGAUUGGUAUACUAAAAUGAAGAUCCGUCUAGAAAGGGAAAGGGGUUUAAUACGAUGA